UUUCAACCGUAUAUGAGUGCGUAUUUUAGUUGUCUGAAACAGAGAAGGGUGGCUCAUGGCACGAGGGGAGUUGUUUAGGUUCUUCCCUUUUCACUUACAUUGAAGCCUUCAGCCUUGUGCAAUACUCAUCCUCUUCUGUCUUUCACUUUGUUCUAUUACACUUCCAACGAAGGCGACUUCUGAUUAAGCUUUCCUCCAACCAAACUCAACUACUCCUAUAUAUAUACACACAACAAAAAGGAGGUAAAUUCACUUUCAAGUCAAUCAUUCCUUUUGGUAUUUGAAAUGGGCUGGAAUCAGAAUUUCACAUGUCACCAAACACUAGCCUGUCUUACAAUUUCACUUCUCAUUCUCAUGUCAACGUUCCAAGCUGAAGGAAGAAAAUUGCUUGAUACUCAACGUCACGGGCAUGACCAGAUAGAGAGUGAAAAGAGAGCAAUGUUCAUGAGAUCACAAAUUGGGUCGAGGCCACCUAGGUGUGACAAAAGAUGUGGUUCUUGCGGACACUGUGAAGCCAUUCAGGUUCCAACAAACCCCACAAUCACAAAUGGAAACAACAAUCACACCAUCAACAACAACAAAGUAGUAUCCAGCAGCAAUAUUGCCUAUGCCAGGGACAGUGACAACUCAAACUACAAGCCUAUGAGCUGGAAAUGCAAAUGUGGAAAUCUUAUCUUCAACCCUUGAGAUACAAAUCUUAGUACAGUCCCCUUGUAAUGUACAUGAAUCAUUGCUACUUUCUUGUUAGCUUUAUUCCCAAAUAAUCCCUUAAAUUUGGGGGUAAGUCUAUUUUUGUCCCUAUUUUAUUAGUACCUUAAGUGCGUACGAUCCUUCAAGUUAACAGACCUAACGUAAGUCCAUUGUGUUUUUUUGCAUGUCCAAGUAAAAUAACAAUCAUGAUCAACGACUUCUUGUCCA